CGUGCUCGCUUUGCCUUUGCUGAUGUUGCUAUUCUUUCGCUAGAGCUGCCCGCUGCUGCUGCUGCUACGUGGUUCGGUUCCGUCCACGCGUGGAAACACUUCCUAUCCUCUCGUGCUCAAGCGCCCGCGGGCUCUGUGAUGCCAAAUCGAUCUCGGUAAAACGAAAACUCGAGUGCGUGCAAUCGUUGUGAAAUUCGCGGGUGAAGUAAUUCGUUUAACCACCACCAGGAAUUAAAGGAAACGGUAUGACCGAUAAGGAAACUAUCCUGUCACAGAUCACUGCCCAAGGUGACGAGGUCCGGAAGUUGAAGGCCGCUAAGGCUGACAAAUCGAAGACAGCAAACUAACUUCAGAACGCUUAUGUUUCUCUUAUAUUGUUUAGUAAAGAAAACAUAACUUCUCAAGAAGAAAGCUCAUUGAAAACUACAACACAAAGACACAAAUACAAAAACAAAACCAAAAUGCUGCGUCAGUUGCUGCGGCGAUCACUCACGAUCGGCGCUCUGAAUAGAGUCGUCGCAACAUCAGCUCCGACGACAUUAGGUAUUUCUGGUCAUGAUCUCAAUUGUCGCCUCUGCCACCACGAAACCAUACAAGUGGUGGACGCCACGACUCCACGACGCCAAAUUCGACCAAAAUCGGUACCUGCUCAAAUAAUUCAGAUCGAUGAAGAGGUAGCAAAGCUGCUGGCCCUGAAAGCCAAACUGAAGGAACUGGACGGGGGAGAUGCCGAGGUCGGCAACAAAAAUAUCACCCUCAAAACGCCCAAGGGAACGAGGGACUAUGGGCCGGAGUCGAUGGCCCUGCGGCAGUCGAUCUUCGACAAGGUGAUUGCGGUGUUCAAGAAGCACGGUGCGGAAACGAUCGACACACCGGUCUUCGAACUGAAGGAGGUGCUAACCGGGAAGUAUGGCGAGGAUAGCAAGCUGAUCUACGACCUGAAGGAUCAGGGUGGGGAAAUUUUGGCGCUACGUUACGAUCUGACGGUGCCGUUUGCGCGUUUCGUGGGGAUGGGCAAUGUGUUCAAUAUCCGGCGCUAUCAUAUUGCCAAGGUUUAUCGACGGGAUAAUCCGGCCAUGACCAAGGGACGGUAUCGGGAGUUUUAUCAGUGCGAUUUCGAUAUUGCCGGAACGUACGAUCCUAUGUUGCCGGAUGCGGAGUGUGUUAAGGUUGUGGUGGAGAUUCUGAGUAGUUUGGAUAUUGGGGAUUUCGUUGUUAAGUUGAACCAUCGCAAGUUGUUGGAUGGAAUGUUUGAGGCUUGUGGAGUGCCGGAGGAUAAAUUCCGCACGAUCUGUUCGUCGGUGGAUAAGCUGGAUAAAUCUCCCUGGGCAGAGGUACGGAAGGAGAUGAUCGAUGAAAAGGGUUUGGAAGGGGAAAUUGCCGAUCGUAUUGGCGAAUAUGUGCGGAUGAGUGGGGGCGUUGAGUUGGUGGAAAAGUUGGCCGCAGAUGAGAAGCUGAAAAAUAUCAAAUCCGCCGUGCAAGGAAUCGAAGAUAUGCGACUGCUGAUACAGUUCUGUGAAAUCUUCGGCCUCAAGGAUAAGAUCAUAUUCGAUCUGAGUCUGGCCAGAGGUUUGGACUAUUACACCGGGGUUAUCUAUGAAGCAGUACUUAAGGCGGAACCCGUCACGACGAACGGCGGCGACAAGGAGGAAGUUAGCGUUGGAUCCGUGGCCGGUGGCGGGCGUUACGAUAAUUUGGUGGGAAUGUUCAACCCCAAACGCAAACAAGUUCCCUGCGUCGGAGUUUCGAUCGGGGUGGAACGCAUUUUCUCGAUCCUGGAAGCCAAAUCGCAACAGAAGGUUCGGACAACCGAAAUUGACAUCUACGUUGCUUCCGCCCAUAAGGGUUUGCACCUAAAGCGGAUGGAGUUUCUUAGCAAGCUUUGGGAUGCUGGCUUUAAGGCGGAGCAUUCCUAUAAGCUGAAUCCAAAGCUGCUGGUACAGUUGCAGUACUGCGAGGAGAACAAAAUCCCCUAUGCCAUUGUUCUGGGCGAUGGAGAACUGGAACGUGGUGUAGUGAAGCUACGAGAAAUCACUACCCGGAAAGAGGAGGAAAUUUCGAUCGACAGCCUGGUCGAAGAACUGCGGAAACGUUUAACAGUAGCCUAGUUUACUAUAUCAAACUCUAAGAAAAAAAAAUUAAAAGCAUUUCGCUGAAGCCGCUCAUCCAAAUGAUUAUCUACUAGAUUUAAGCGUAUUUCUUUGUGAAGUUGCUCGAUGAACAACGAUUCAAUCAGGAGUCAAUCAGCUUUGAACAUGUUAUAAGACGGUCCUCCUUCUAUCUGCCGCGGGACAAAUGUCAGAUGCGUAUUAAAGCAAUUGUUUUCGUUUAUCUACAUUUCAGUCGACUUUGAAGUUCGUUAAAACCCAACUUAUUUUAUUAUACAUUUCGUACUUUUCAUCUAGUAUACCCAUAUUUAGUGUUUUAACAAAUUUAUCGGUAAUACACAUCAAUCAUUUGCUUAUUA